GGUUACUUGUAUGGACCCUACUGGGGUGUUAGGAAGGUGCCAGGCCCUCCAGUGAUCCCCUUGUUGGGUCACCUUCCCUUGAUGGCGAAGCAUGGCCCUGAUGUGUUUUCAGUUCUUGCAAAACGUUAUGGCCCCAUUUUCAGGUCAGGUUACAGCUUUUAAUCUCUAAAUUCGCUGCCAUGCUAGAGCUGGUGAAAGUUCUUGAAUGUUUUUCUUUUGCUCCUUUCCCUGUGAUUGAUACGUAUUAUAUGCUUUAGGUCGGGACUUUGAACUUGCUUAGAGGAUUAAUUUUGUAAAGUCUAAUUUGACUCUCUUUUUUCCCUUCUCUGGAAAGAUAUUUUUUUGUAGUCUAACUUCCUCAAAGAGUAAUGAAAAGUGAGGUGAUUGGAGAAGGAAGAAAUGUUGAUGGAAGUGGAGAGAUAGGUGUCCCUCCAGAAGAAAUUUUAGUAUUCUGUUUCAUAUGGGGAGACAACCACUGAUCAUAGUUGCUGACCCAGAGCUUUGUAAAGAAGUUGCCAUAAAGAAGUUCAAAGACAUUCCAAAUAGAAGUGUUCCCUCUCCCAUCUCAGCUUCUCCUCUUCAUCAGAAAGGUCUCUUCUUCACCAGGGAUGCAAGAUGGUCAACCAUGAGAAACACAAUACUUUCAGUCUACCAGCCAUCACACUUAGCCAGCUUAGUGCCCACCAUGCAAUCAUUCAUUGAGUCUGCAACCGAGAAUUUUCAGUCUUCUAAUGAAGAAAUCACCUUCUCCAACUUCUCCCUCAAAUUGGCCACGGAUGUGAUAGGACAAGCUGCUUUUGGUGUUGAUUUUGGCCUCUCUAAACCACAAUCAGCCAGUGAUUCAAUCAACAGUUUCCAUAACCAAGGCAAAGACAACUGUGAUGUGUCAGAGUUCGUUAAUCAACAUAUCUACUCAACAACACAACUUAAGAUGGACUUGUCAGGUUCCUUUUCAAUUAUAAUUGGUCUACUUGUCCCCAUACUGCAGGAGCCAUUUAGGCAGAUCCUUAAACGAAUUCCUGGCACCAUGGACUGGAAAGUUGAUAGGACUAAUAGGAAUAUAAGCGGCCGGCUUGAUGAGAUUGUCAGAAAGAAAAUGGAAGAGAAAAAUAGGGGUUCAAAGGACUUCUUGUCACUAAUAUUACGUGCAAGGGAAUCAGAGACUCUGUCAAAGAAAGUUUUUACUCCAGAUUAUAUUAGUGCAGUUACUUAUGAGCAUCUUCUUGCUGGAUCUAUUACAACAUCCUUUACAUUAUCUUCAGUUGUUUAUUUAGUUGCUCAUCAUCCAGAAACUGAGAAGAAGUUGCUUGCUGAAAUUGAUGGGUUUGGUCCUCAUGAGCAGAUUCCAACUGCUCAUGAUCUUCAAAACAAAUUCCCCUAUCUUGAUCAGGCAGUUAAAGAGGCAAUGAGGUUUUACGUUGUUUCUCCAUUAGUUGCAAGAGAAACAUCAAAAGAAGUAGAGAUAGGAGGUUAUGUUCUCCCGAAGGGCACAUGGAUCUGGUUAGCACCUGGAGUUCUCGCAAAAGACCCUAAGAACUUCCCAGAGCCAGACAGGUUCAAGCCAGAGAGGUUUGAUCCAAAUUGCGAAGAAGAAAAACGAAGGCAUCCUUGCGCUCUUAUACCCUUUGGAAUCGGACCUAGAGCUUGCAUUGGCAAGAAAUUUUCCAUACAAGAAAUCAAGCUCUCUCUGAUACACUUGUACCGGAAAUAUUUAUUUCGACAUUCCCCAACCAUGGAAAAACCUCUUGAAUUUGAAUUUGGCAUAGUUCUCAACUUCAAGCGUGGAGUAAAGCUUAGAAUCAUAAAACGAACUUGAAGAUUGUUGUUCUGAGAUAAAUCUCUUAGAAAUAUCACAUGCUAUCAUGGAAAGGCCAUCCUUUCGAAUAAAUGGUAAUAAAUCUUCGUGUUGAUAAAUGUGCCCUGUACAAAGAAUUUAUCUUGUAUUUAUUGUAAAAAAUUUGUUUAAUUAAUAUGAUUUAAAUAAAUUAUGAGUGAAUGAGAAAUAAUUUUUAGUUUUUUUA